AGCAAAGCAGAGGGGAGAGAGAACAAUUUAUUUAUUUUUAUUUUAAAAAAAAAAAAAAAAAAAGAGACAGCGAGGAACUCGAGUUUCUCUUCUUCCCGUAUCUAUGUAAACUAGAAACCCUAGUUUCUACCGUCUCUAUCAAACCCUAAUCUACCACUCCUUUCUCAAUCUUCUCUGCUGCUCUCUCCGAUCUGUCUCUACUCUGUUCGAUGAACAUCUUUCAAAUCUCCAACCAGACCUCUAAUUCUCGAAUUUGAAGACAAAAAUAUGUAUAGAGAUCGAGGAGGAGGAGGUGGAUCCUCGAAGUCGGAGAUCGUCGGUGCUCCGUUGGAUCGGAAACGAAUCAACGAGGCGUUAGAUAAGCAGUUGGAAAAAUCUUCGCCGUCGACUUCGAGAGGUUUGAACAACAAAGACAAAGAGAGAAUUUCGUUGCCGUCAACUUCUACUGGUGGAAAAUUGCAGCAGCUCGAUCACCGUGACACUCGAUCGUCGUCUACUCUCACUGCCAAGAACAAAUGCUCUGAUGAGGAAUCUGACACAGACAGUGAAGAGUCUGAUGUUAGUGGUUCUGAUGGGGACGACACAUCUUGGAUUUCAUGGUUUUGCAAUUUGCGGGGAAAUGAAUUUUUCUGCGAAGUCGAUGAUGAUUACAUCCAAGAUGAUUUCAAUCUUUGUGGGUUAAGCAGUCAAGUUCCAUAUUAUGAUUAUGCACUGGAUCUAAUUCUGGAUGUUGAGUCCUCUCAUGGUGAUAUGUUUACUGAAGAACAGAAUGAGUUGGUUGAAUCGGCAGCAGAGAUGCUGUAUGGUAUGAUACAUGUUCGAUACAUAUUGACCACCAAGGGAAUGGCAGCAAUGUUAGAGAAGUACAAAAAUUAUGACUUUGGGAGAUGCCCAAGAGUUUACUGCUGUGGUCAACCCUGCCUUCCAGUUGGUCAAUCAGACAUUCCACGUUCAAGUACUGUAAAAAUUUACUGUCCUAAAUGCGAAGAUAUUUACUACCCUCGAUCCAAGUACCAAGGCAAUAUUGAUGGUGCAUACUUUGGAACUACAUUUCCUCACCUGUUUUUGAUGACAUAUGGGCAUCUGAAACCCCAAAAAGCAACACAGAGCUAUGUUCCAAGAGUAUUCGGUUUCAAGAUUCAUAAGCCAUGACACAAAGCUCCCCGAAGAUCUCAAAUUUCUGUGACCGGUGAUUCUCGUCUUGUUUCUCUUGAUGUACUUGGUAGUGAUGCUAACAAGCGAGGUAAAAUGCAGAAUUUCCAAAAUAUGAAAAUUUAUUAAUUGACAAAAAAAAAAAAAUUCAAAUCUGGCCUCUCUGUCGAUGAAAUCUUUUCUUUUAAAUUUAUUCAUGAAUAUAUAACAGGGCAUGUGUAAACUUAUUUCUCUUCUUUCAGGGUUGUGAACUGUUGGAUCUGCUUUCCCUUGUAGUUUGGUUCAUCUUUAUUUUAGUCUUAUGUUAAAUUACUUGUUAUCAUUAUCCAUUGGAGGUAGAUUUAGGUUGAGGUAGGGUUGUCUUAAUGUAAUCAUGUGAAGCCAUUGGUUUGGAGGUAGAGAUUAAUGUCAUUUAUAUAAAUGUUAUAUAAGAUUAGAACAUAUGAUCAUUUUUAAUGUAAACUUCACGCUACUUGUUAUAUC